AUGGCGCGCUAUGCAGUCGACGUGACGUUUCAACAGACGAACGCCCCUGCCGUCAGCUUUGGCGAGAAGAAAGUCUUCUUCAGCAAGAAGCAUGGACAGUAUGGCGUGAAGGUGGAAGUGAGCGUUUUGCCGAAUGGAUUGGCCCUCAACGUGACAUCAGCAGUACCUGGAAGUGUGUCCGACAUUACCAUCUGUGAUUUCAACUCCGACUUCCACCUGGAGCACCUGCAGAAGGCGGGAAAUGAUGGCGAAGCGGUUGAUGCCGGACCAUUGAGUGGCGAAUACCCGGACUCUUGGGCUUUGCUUGCCGACAAGGGAUACCAAGGCCUCCAUCGCGCGAGGAAUUCCCCGGCAGCAUGGGGUGACCCCCUGCUGCAGGUCCAAAACUACCUGUUCUCGGGGAAUUUGAAUAACGCCGGAUAA